AUAAUUUCUCUAGUCCCCAGUGUAUAUUUUUUAUAAAACUUUAAAAGCAAAGUAGGAGUUAAAUAUAUCCUUUACAUUUGCAUGCUUCUAAGAACUUUAUUUUGUGUUUUUUUGUUUGUUCUACUGUAAAACCUUAUUUCAUGGCAAUGUAAAACAGUAGGAAAAAGCCUGCAGUGUAUAGAUCUUCUUUGGUGUACAGUAUAAAGGUAUAGAGUAUGUGAUUUGCAGGUUCUCUUUAAUAAAUUCUGUUCAGCCACCUUGGACAGAUUUUAAAUGCAUAAUUUACUCUGUGUUUUCCAUGUCUUUUUACUUUGACUUACUUGCCUAAACUAUAUCUUAAUUCUUUUAUUUAUCCCUCUUAGUAUUUUAAAUAUAUACUUCUAUUUGGUUUAGUUGGAAAUAUCUUUUAUUCCCCUAAUCUCCUACUUUCAACUAGUAGCACUAGCAAUUAAAUUCAGAUUUUGUGAAUAUGAGGUAUUCUCAUUUUCUAGUAGCCAUACAAGCAAAAUUUAAUUUGUAGGGUAAUGAGAAUUUUGAGGAAUUUAAUCACAUUUCAUGUUCUGUUUUCCUGGAUAUGGAUAUUUCCAAAUCAGAUAUUACCACAUUUAGGAAUAUCAUUGUUAUGUGAGUUUUGUUUUCAAUUAUGAUAACUCAUAGUUAAUGAUUUAAGCUGGCAAAUUCAGAUAAGACUUCAACUAUACCGACUUAUGAUUUCUUUUAAUUUUAACAAUAACGGCACUUAAGUAUUUUCUGUGGCAGUUAUUUUUGUUUAUCAGUUCAUUAUUUAAGUGGUUUUUAUUGUUAGUCUACUUUUGAGAGAUUAAUGUAGAUAUAAAAUAUUCAGGCAUUAAGACAUGUUCCAUCUUUCAUACCAUUUCACUACCAUGCCAAACCUCUAACUUGCAAACACUAUUAGUUUUCAUUCUUUCUUUGUGGUUAGGGUCUUAAUCUCCUUUUGCCUUAAUUGACAGGUUUAAUUACGGCAGAACUCAAGGUACUUGGCAGCUUUCUUGUACUCUGCCCCACUGAAAAAAUAUUUUAUAGAUUCUUAACCAGAUUUUCAUAAUCUCAGACAUUGAGGUGGUCAUAUUGGUAGAAAUGAAUGAUAAUUUACUGAUAUGCAUUUAAUUGUUAUCUGUGUUUUAGAGGCAGAUGGACCCUUUACUAUUUUUGCUUAGCUUAGAGUACUGCCUCAGGUUGAGAUUGUUAUGGUGUUGGGGGCCACUGCUGAUUGUUGUACUUAACAUGCCCCAUAGAAAUAACUGAAUAUUUCUCUAUAGCUUUAGUAAUUUUUGAAAGAUUGUGGGGCAAGGAGAAAGUAAAAAGCCACCACAUAGAAAUUGUCAAUAUAGUUUGCUGAAGUUUACUAAGAUUUAAAAUUUUUAAAUGUUACUAAAUACCUGUUCAGUGUCCAGGACAAAAGCAGACACUGUGUAAUAGUGUAAUAAUUAUAGUGCCUGGAACAGCUUCUAAUUCUAUAGGCGAGAAUCUGAGAAACUUAACUAGACAGGAUAGGUUUCUUCGUGGUCAUGUUGACAUUGUGAUGAUUGCAUUGUGACACCUUUAUCAUCCUAUUGAUUCAUCCAAGAAGCAUUAUUUGGUAAUACAAAGUUGAGAGGGUGGGUUUCCCAACUUAUGAUACCUCUUUAGUAUUGCCUCAUUGUUGUCCAGGGUAUACCACAGUCUGUGGAAGAGAAAAAUGAAAGGCAUCAAUUUUGUCUUUGACAAAUUUAGAAGCUGGGUUGGGAGUUAAGGACCCUACAUCUGAGGAAUUUCAAGAGCAUUACACAAUAACUCAUGGUUCCUUUCAAAAUCCUUGUGACACAAUUUGCAAGAAUUAUCCUCAUCUUAGGGGAUAAAUUUUCGGAGAAAAGGCAGCACAAGUUGGUUGUUGCUCUGGAUGCCCAAAAUAUCGUAGCUGUUUCAUGUGGAGAAGCUCAUACAUUAGCACUAAAUGACAAGGGCCAGGUGUAUGCUUGGGGUCUUGAUUCUGAUGGACAACUUGGCCUGCUAGGAUCAGAGGAAUGUAUCAGAGUACCCAGCUGCUUCCCGAAAAUCAGGGGUUUGGACACUCUGCUCAGAACUUGUUCCGGACUCUCAUAUGGCAGAAUCAGGUCAGGUGGCAGUAUCAGAAAUAUUAAAAGUUUGUCAGAUAUCCAGAUAGUACAGGUUGCUUGUGGUUAUUAUCAUUCACUUGCACUUUCUAAAGCAAGUGAAGUCUUCUGUUGGGGACAGAAUAAAUACGGCCAAUUGGGUUUAGGCAUUGACAGUAAAAAGCAGACUUCGCCACAGCUGAUUAAGUCUUUGCUUGGAAUCCCUUUCAUGCAAGUUGCAGCUGGAGGAGCCCAUAGUUUUGUCCUCACCCUUUCUGGAGCUAUCUUUGGAUGGGGACGCAACAAAUUUGGUCAGCUAGGUCUCAAUGAUGAAAAUGAUAGGUAUGUUCCUAAUUUACUGAAGUCACUAAGAUCUCAGAAAAUAGUAUAUAUUUGUUGUGGAGAAGAUCAUACUGCUGCACUAACCAAGGAAGGUGGAGUGUUUACUUUUGGAGCUGGAGGGUAUGGUCAGCUGGGUCACAACUCUACCAGCCAUGAAAUAAACCCAAGGAAAGUUUUUGAACUCAUGGGAAGCAUUGUUACUCAGAUUGCUUGUGGAAGGCAGCACACUUCUGCUUUUGUUCCUUCAUCAGGACGAAUUUACUCUUUUGGGCUUGGUGGUAAUGGACAGCUGGGAACUGGUUCAACAAGCAACAGGAAAAGUCCCUUCACUGUAAAAGGAAAUUGGUUCCCUUAUAAUGGACAGUGUCUGCCAGAUAUUGAUUCUGAAGAAUAUUUCUGUGUAAAAAGAAUUUUCUCAGGGGGAGAUCAAAGCUUUUCACAUUACUCUAGUCCCCAGAACUGUGGACCACCAGAUGAUUUUCGAUAUCCUGAUCCCUCAAAGCAGAUCUGGACAGUGAAUGAAACUCUAAUUCAAAAAUGGCUGAGCUACCCUUCUGGAAGAUUUCCUGUGGAGAUAGCCAAUGAGAUAGAUGGAACAUUUUCUUCCUCUGGUUGCCUAAAUGGAAGUUUUCUAGCUGUUAGCAAUGAUGAUCACUAUAGAACAGGCACCAGAUUUUCAGGGGUUGAUAUGAAUACUGCUAGGCUUUUGUUCCACAAACUUAUACAACCUGAUCAUCCACAGAUAUCUCAGCAGGUGGCAGCUAGUUUGGAAAAGAAUCUUAUUCCUAAACUGACUAGCUCCUUACCUGAUGUUGAAGCAUUGAGGUUUUAUCUUACUCUACCAGAAUGUCCCCUGAUGAGUGAUUCCAACAAUUUCACAACAAUAGCAAUUCCUUUUGGUACAGCUCUUGUGAACCUAGAAAAGGCACCACUGAAAGUACUUGAAAACUGGUGGUCAGUACUUGAACCUCCACUAUUCCUCAAGAUAGUAGAACUUUUUAAGGAAGUUGUGGUACAUCUUUUGAAACUCUACAAGAUCGGCAUUCCCCCUGCUGAAAGAAGAAUUUUCAACAAUUUUCUUCAUACUGCAUUAAAGGUUUUAGAAAUAUUACAUAGGGUAAAUGAGAAAUCGGGGCAGAUUAUACAGUAUGAUAAAUUUUACAUACAUGAAGUACAAGAAUUGAUAGACAUAAGGAAUGAUUAUAUCAACUGGGUCCAACAGCAAGCCUAUGGAAUGGAUGUCAACCAUGGAUUAACUGAGUUGGCAGAUAUCCCUGUUACAAUUUGCACAUAUCCAUUUGUAUUUGAUGCCCAAGCAAAAACUACUCUGUUACAAACGGAUGCAGUCUUACAGAUGCAGAUGGCCAUUGACCAGGCCCACAGACAGAACGUCUCCUCUCUUUUUCUCCCAGUGAUUGAAUCUGUGAAUCCCUGCUUAAUUCUAGUGGUGCGUAGAGAAAAUAUUGUAGGAGAUGCAAUGGAAGUCCUUAGGAAAACAAAGAACAUAGAUUAUAAAAAGCCACUCAAGGUUAUAUUUGUUGGAGAAGAUGCUGUUGAUGCAGGAGGGGUACGCAAAGAAUUUUUCUUGCUCAUCAUGAGGGAAUUAUUGGAUCCUAAAUAUGGCAUGUUCAGGUAUUAUGAAGAUUCCAGGCUCAUUUGGUUUUCUGAUCAGACAUUUGAAGACAGUGAUUUAUUCCAUUUGAUUGGAGUUAUUUGUGGAUUAGCAAUUUAUAAUUUUACUAUUGUGGACCUCCAUUUUCCUUUGGCUUUAUAUAAGAAACUACUGAAAAAGAAGCCAUCCUUGGAUGAUUUGAAAGAACUAAUGCCUGAUGUUGGGAGAAGCAUGCAACAAUUACUGGAUUAUCCAGAAGAUGAUAUAGAGGAAACAUUUUGUCUUAAUUUUACGAUCACAGUUGAAAACUUUGGUGCAACAGAAGUGAAAGAGCUGGUUCUAAAUGGUGCAGACACAGCUGUUAACAAACAAAAUCGGCAGGAGUUUGUUGAUGCUUAUGUGGAUUAUAUAUUCAAUAAAUCAGUGGCUUCCUUAUUUGAUGCUUUUCAUGCGGGCUUUCAUAAGGUCUGUGGAGGAAAAGUCCUUCUGCUCUUCCAGCCUAAUGAACUACAAGCAAUGGUUAUUGGAAAUACAAAUUAUGAUUGGAAGGAACUGGAAAAGAAUACAGAAUACAAAGGGGAAUAUUGGGCAGAACAUCCUACGAUAAAAAUUUUUUGGGAAGUAUUUCACGAAUUACCAUUGGAAAAGAAAAAACAAUUUUUGUUAUUUUUGACAGGUAGUGAUCGAAUUCCUAUUCUUGGUAUGAAGAGUCUGAAACUAGUUAUCCAGUCAACAGGAGGUGGUGAGGACUAUCUCCCAGUUUCCCAUACCUGUUUUAAUCUUCUGGAUCUUCCAAAAUAUACAGAAAAAGAAACUCUACGCUCUAAAUUGAUCCAAGCCAUUGAUCACAAUGAAGGCUUCAGCUUAAUAUAACUUUGGAGUUAAUAUCACUAUUCAGUUUAGUGCAAAAGCAUUAAACUAUUGUGUUUUUCUUGUGGUGAUGAAUUCAGCAAGGUAACAGAGGUACUAUUAUAAUUCUUACUUGCAGAAUGUUCAAUGAUAUGAGUGUUCAUGAAAGCCAAAAAAUAUUAAAGGAAAAUGAACAAACUGUUAAUAUUAAACUUAUUGUACAGAACCAUGGAUUUUUUUUUGCCAUCUUCUAAUAAACAUACAAGUAUUGUGAAUACAUUAAAGUUUUACUAACGUGAAUUUUAAAGAGUUUGCAUAUUUCAGAAAUGAUCUGGUGUGUGAGUGCAUGGAAAUGUUGCUUAACUUUUCUUCAAUCACUGGGUGAAAACCUUUAACUUUGGCCUGCAAUAGUCAUUUGAUUAUUUUUUCAUUUUGUAAAUAAUGUUAAGUUUUGUAAUAAAAUAGUUAUGUUCUGAUACCA